UUGUAUUUGACUUCGAGAACGUCAGUACUCCAGACACGAAAAUAGCAUGCUGAGCAAGAGCCACUGAAAUGAUUAGGCCUACAGAUGAAACAUUUGAACAGCAAAGGAUGCCAUGCAGCAGAAGUGAAGAGUGGAUUGUAAAUCUGCUGUGGCAAAACAAGCCGUUGAAAGCAGAGAAUUCUGAAAAUGGAACAUAUAGUGGAAUUUAUAAUCUUGAUGUGGAUGAUGCUGGAAGCCGAAGUGAAGAAACCAUCCCUGAAGCUCCUCACAUACCUGGGGCAGUGACACUAGAGGUUGCACCGUCCAUAUCUACACUAUCACCAGUAGAGUGCUUGAAGUCAUCUGGAACAGAUGUUACACCUCGUGCUGGCCCACCAUCCUCUUCGUCUAGAACAAGUCCAUAUGCUAGGCCACCACCCUUGAAGAAAGGAGCAUUGCCAGAAACAGACAAGACGAAGAUGCUCAGUAGCACAGAAUUACAUAGGCUGGUGCUGCUGGAGCAACUGAAGCUCACUCGACUGCAAAUGGAAAAAGAAGCUAUGUUAAUGAACUUUCCCAAUAUAAAGAUGAAUAAUGUAAACACUUUGCAACAGGAGGAAAAUGAAAAUAGUUUUAAUGUAUGUACCAUUCUGUAG